CGUUGUCAAAAUCCAUCAAAACCCCGUCACAAUGGCUCACAUUACCGCCACUUCAACGCCCCAAAUCGAGGCCGACCGCCGCUUGCUCCAGUUUGAAACUUACGAGGACUAUCUGGACUCGUUAAUAACCGAACAAGAUCGUUGUUAUCUCCAGGACACAGUCGCGGCACGAACCAUCGCCGAACUCGGUUACAGGAGUUCCGGAGAGACGUUGAGUCGACAGCAGUUCGAGAAGCGAUUAGCCGCAGUCAUCGCUUAUCUUUACCCCGAUUACAAGCCGUACGAGUUAGCCAGCGAGGGUAUCGCCGGCGGCGAUCCUAUCCAGAAGGAGUUAGCGAUCAGGGAACGGCCGAAUAGAGUCGGCAUACUUUCGACGAUUAUCUUUCUUAGGUACCAAACGAAAAAGGGGUUUGAGGUUUCAGGGUAUAUAGACUAUGCACACAGGCUUUCGAAUCAGGACUGGAAGCCGUUUUUUAGAGAGGGCCAACAAGUACUUCCGCAACCUACCGACUUGGGAUAUUAUCAUUGGAAAUUAGGAAAAACUAUGUCGAACAACUCGAUUAAUUACAAGGUGUGCGUCGAUCCGGUUAAAGGACUCGUCUUCCAGAACAGGUACGACAGGAGGAUCAUCUGUGUGGAUCCCUCGCAAGAUCCCGGCGCCAACACCACCAGGAAACGCGUCGAAUCGGAUAUUUACGACCACGUUAUUCUCUAUGAUCAUGUCGUGAGACAGAGAAUUUAAAAAAAUAAAGGUUUUG